UCCCCUGCGGGUGAGAGAUCGCGGGAAUCAUGCUGGGCCAGGAUGGCGGCCUCUCCCUAACCAUUGCCCAGACCGUGCAGAGGCUGAAGGGCUCCGGACUUCACUCCCAGCUGGAGCGGCAGGCCCGGCUUAGUCUACACAAUCCAGAGAUUAAACUAGAAUCCUUGAAGGAAGAUAUUAAGAAAUUUCUGAAAACAUCAGGAUGGGAAAAGAAGCUACAGAAUGCUGUUUAUAGUGAACUCAGCAUUUUUCCUUUACCGUGCCAUCCAUCAGCACCUCCUGAACACAUAAAGGAAUCUUUGGCUUAUAUGAGGAAAGCCCAGGGAAAUUGGGAAAAACGCAUUUUGAAGAGUCUAAAUAGCAUGUGCACAGAACUUGGCAUUCCGUUGGCACAAAAGAGGUCAGUGAAUGAGCAAAAAGAACUUCUAAAUAAAUGGAAUGAAAUGGGAACAGAUGAGCCAGAUCUAAGUCUCUUCCGGCCUGUUUAUGCACCUAAAGAUUUUCUUGAGGUAUUGAUGAACCUUCGCAAUCCAAAUUAUGAGAACAAUGAGCAACCUAGUUUUAGAAACCACUUGGGAUUAAUUCAGGUUCCACUUAAGGUGAAAGAUAUCCCUGAACUGAAAGAAUAUUUCAGUGAGCUAGACUUGAACACAAGCCAGCUGGAUAUUGAUGAUUCUGCACAUGUGCCCCCAGAACUCUUUGAAAAUGAACAUGUACGUAUUGGUCAAAAAGUUCUAAAUGAACGGGAUAGUGCAGCAGCUCAACAAUACGUUCGGCAGGGAUGUCCAAAUUUGCUACGAGCUGAGUUGUGGGCGCUGAUUCUGAAUAUUUCUAGUCAACCUGAGGAUAUUUUAUACUAUGAACAACUCAAGUCUAAUGUGAUCCAGCAUGAUCUUUUGGUGGACAGUCUGAUAUAUAAAGAUGUGAAGCUGACAGCCAGCAAUGAUGACUACUACUUUGUGUUUGAGGAUUAUUUAUAUCAGGUAUUACUUUGUUUUUCUCGGGACACUUCGGUAUUAGAGCACUUUGCAUACAACAGUGCUACUCCACCCAAGUCGUACAUUCGAGGGAAACUUGGAAUGGAAGAAUAUGCUGUAUUUUAUCCACCAAAUGGUGUAAUCCCUUUCCAUGGCUUUUCAAUGUAUGUCGCUCCACUUUGUUUUCUGUACAACGAACCUUCCAAGUUGUAUCAGAUAUUUCGUGAAAUAUACGUGCGUUAUUUCUUCAGACUUCAUUCCAUCUCUUCUCAUCCUUCUGGUAUUGUAUCAUUAUGUUUGCUGUUUGAGAACCUUCUCCAAACUCAUCUACCACAACUGUUUUAUCAUCUGAGAGAAAUUGGGGCACAACCUCUAAGAAUAUCAUUUAAAUGGAUGGUACGAGCAUUCUCUGGUUACUUAGCUACAGAUCAACUCUUGCUUUUGUGGGACAGAAUUCUGGGAUACAACUCUCUGGAAAUUCUUGCUGUUCUGGCAGCUGCUGUGUUUGCUUUUCGAGCAGUGAAUCUAAUGGAGGUGACAUCACUCGCUGCAGCUGAAGCUGUACUUGCUGAUCUUUCGACUCUGAAAGUUAUGCCUCUUCUUCAGAUUUUUCUGUUUGCCACUGGCACUUGAUCCUCCUCGGAGCUGUUGGACGGCAUUGCUAGACUUUCAUCAGAAGCUAAUAAUAAACUAUGCAACACUUUCAUUAUAUCAGAUGCAAACAUUAAUGAUUAAGGUUUUGCAAAAAGUUAAAUCUACACUUUUCACUUGGAAAUUCCCUCCCCCCCCCCCGCCCCGAUGCUUCUCCGUAUCAACUUAGCAUUCUUGCAUGCUGCUGAAUUUUAGCCAAACUGACUGCAGUACCUGGAUGUAAUGCAAGUCAAAUAGCUGCCUGUCCCCUAAGUAAUAUCACCCAAACGCAUGAACUGCGAAAUUUAGCAAGAAUGAAAGAAUGCAUAAUAAUUCUAAUCUCAGUGCUACCGUCUGCUAUUAUAAGGCUGGAAGGGAUGUCUUCAAUAGUUAUAAUCUGUUAUCUGUCAAUUUAUAAGUCCUGCAGUACUUGAAAAAAAGUAUUUAACUUUAAAAUUCAAACUCUUUCUAUGAUAAGUCAUGGCAAUACUUCUCUUUGCAAUCUUUCUAUAAUAUUUCUGUCAGGAGGAAUGGCUUGUUUUAUUUUUCUUGACUGGAUGCUGAUGUGUGUGUUUUUUAGAGAUUGAAAGAUGGUAAGAUGGCGGCAUCACUUUCUUUGGUGUAUCUAUGCCUGGGAGUAACAGGGUUGUAGGCUCUUGAAGCACUACAAAAAUCUGCAAAAAGCGAUGCCCUGUCAUAAUACUGCCUGCCUUCAGUUCUCUGAAACAAACUCAUCUUCUUACGAAAGCUCUUACGCCCUUUCCCCUCACGCUUUCUCCUUGGUUCUUUCUGACCGUGCUUUGAAAAGCUUUAUGUCACCGAUACCCCUGGAUGCAGCUUUCUUCAAAACCUAUCCAAGCCUUUCUGUACAUGAGCCAAAGCAGUUGCUUGUGAAUGACGUCAGUACUUCUCUUUCCCCCUAGCUCCCUCACCUCCUCUUUCGGAGCUGAAUGUGCUGCCUCUGCCACUUUCCCAGCCCCUGCUGGUCCAGGAACUUGUGUAUCAUCUCCCUGAGUCUCAGCUUGUAUUCCUGUGUGACUUGAGUCGAGCUGCUAUUGGGACAGAUGAUCUUUUUCUGAUGAUGAUGUCGUUUCUCCCGGGAUCCCUGUAAGCCUCCCUAAAAGCCUAAUUGAUUACCAGAUUAUUCUAAUUUAACCACAUACAGCUGUUGGCCAAGAUUGGAUGUCAAGACAUUCGUCACGGUAAAGCCGUAUCGUUGAUGUCCCGUGUUACUUUCUGCCAAUUUCUGCCCUUAAGUCCAUUUUGUACUUGCAGCUCCCAGGGGCUUAAAGAUAGAACUUGUCAUACUUUUGAAUCAAAAGGCUGCCUCUCAGUUCCAUUCUGCUCUACCUUAUUCAGUAUUUAAGCCUUGUAGACAUGAGAAUGCCAUUUAAUUAUGGCUUUUCAUCUGAUCCACAAGAUACUUCAGUAUCACACAACCCACUUCAGAAGGGCUUGCACCAGGGGAAUGUCUCGGGGAGCCAUUUGUUCACCUGACACGUAUAUUUGGCAUUCUCAUGCAGAUUCCAACCUGCUAGGAACGGUGAAAAGUGAUUUCAAGUUCAAAUUUAGAUUUUUUUACUUGUAUGCAUGUAUGACGGUGAUGACCUAACUAAGAUGUAUCCAUUUUCUGAAAAUGUAUUAUUUCUAAAGGUUAAGUUGAAUAAUUUAAAAUGUUUUAUUUAUUGUAUUGAAUGUGAUAACUCUUUUGUUAUGAAGCUUCAUUUGCAUUGACAUUGGGGCUUAAUUCCUCCUGUUGACGAUUUUUUUUUCCAUAAUUUACCUGCUGGCUGCAGAAUCUAUUAAAUUUGGUGAUACCUACAGACCUCUGUAAAGCAUUUCCCACUUUUAUUCCUUAUUUAUGUACAACCUUGUUUGUGAGGGUGUGUGUGUCUCUCUUUCUGUAUCUGAAAAACAACUAAACAGUUCUGUGUUCAAGUUAGCUUUAGAUCCUAGCAGGAUGCAGACAAGCACAAAGGUGUAUGUGCUAGAUAGCAUGUGUAUAACAGGUAUUGUCUUCUUGAACAGGCU